AUGACCGUCAAGACCCCUCCCAUCAAAGACCUCCUCGAGGUCACCGAGGAUACCGCAAAUGGCCUCACCUUCAUGAAGAAUGUGUCGAUUCCCCUCAAGGACUCGCCGCUUCCCAUCCGCGCAAACGUCUACCUCCCACUCACCGCGGACAAGGCGACCCGCUACCCCGUGCUAGUGACCUAUGGGCCAUACGGCAAGGACAUUCCCUAUGAGAAAUUCUUCCCCAAGUCAUUCAGCGAGGUGAGCCCGGAGCAAAGGUCCCAAUACUCGGCCUGGGAAACCCCCGAUCCCGUCUUCUGGACGAAGCAGGGCUACGCCAUCGUCCGCGCCGACGAGCGCGGCCUAGGCCAGAGUCCCGGUCUGCUGGACACCAUGAGCCGCGGCACGAGCGAGUGUUUCUUUGAUGUUGUGGAGUGGGCAGCGGAUCAGCAGUGGUCCAACGGCAAGGUCGGCCUCUUGGGCAUUUCCUACUAUGCUGGUUCCCAAUGGCGCGUCGCCGCUCGAAAACCCAAGGGCCUUGCCGCCAUAAUUCCUUGGGAAGGCAUGUCGGACUACUACCGCGACCGCUGCCGCCACGGCGGAAUCUACUCCAACAAGUUCAUCGGCGUCUGGUGGAACCGUCAGGUCCUCGUCAACCAGUACGGGAGGAAAGACAGAUCCCAGUUGCAAUUCCCGCCCGACGGCCCUGGCGCGAGAGGCCAGGAGGACACCAUCGAGGGCGAUCUGCCGGAUGACGUCCUCGUCGCGAACCGCCAGGACCAGACCAAAGACAACGAGGCCAACCGCUUCCGUGACGACGCUUACUACGCCAGCAAGGAGUACAACUUGUCAGACAUCGAGGUCCCCGUGCUAAGCGUUGCCAACUGGGGCGGCAUUCUUCUGCAUCUGCGAGGUAACGUGCAGGGUUAUCUCGGAGCCGGCUCUAAGCUCAAGUACCUCCGUUUCAUCACGGGUCGCCACGACCUCCCCUUCUACUACCCCGAGGAGGUUGAGCUGCAAAAGAGUUUCCUGGACGCCUUCCUGAAGGGCGAAGACCGCGUUGGCUGGAGCACGCCUGGUAAGGUGCCUCCUGUAACGCUUACCUUGCGAAAGGGGAACGUCGGCUUUAAUGAUGCCGAGAAGGAGAAGGCGUACCCCAAGAGAGAGGAGACGGCCUGGCCCAUCCCGCGCACCAAAUACACAAACUUCUACCUGACGCCAGAUCUCGGUCUGACGACCAGUGGGCCCAGCAGCGAGUCCAAGACGGUUUCUUACAAGGCUCUAGGCUCGUUGGAGAACCAGCAGGCUGUUUCCUUCACCACUGCGCCGUUCGAGGAGGAAACCGAGAUAACUGGCCACGUCACCGCCCAUCUCAACGUCUCAGUUACGCCCGAUAAUGCUGGCAAUGCGACCGACAUUGACCUGUUCUUGACUCUGCGGCACAUUGACGCCAAUGGGCAAGAAAUAUACUACACGGGUACGGCUGGCGAUCCCGUGCCGCUGGUCAAGGGCUGGCUGAGAGUGAGCAACCGCAAGGUACACGAUGAGGACCCCCGACACAAGUCCUGGCUGCCGCACAGAGAGUACCUCUCCACAGACGUCCAGCCAGUCAAGGCUGGUGAGGUCUACGGCGUGGACGUCGAGAUCUGGCCGACGAACGUCGUUGUCGAUAAGGGUAACAAGCUUGUUUUCGAAGUUAGCAGCGGCGACACACAGGGCAGUGGCAUUUUCCAGCAUUCCUCCGAAGUCGACAGGUAA